AUGAAUUUUGUGGAAGAAUCCAUCAAUCAGAGCAUCAUUUACCUUGAGAACGCCAUUGAUGUUUGGAACGAGUUGAAAGAACGGUUUUCACAUGGCGAUUUCAUUCGAAUCUCUGAAUUACAGAUCGAGAUUCAUGCUCUCAAACAAGGUAACCGAUCCGUUUCCGAAUUCUUUACUGCUCUCAAAAUCCUUUGGGAAGAAUUAGAAGCUUAUCUUUCCACACCUAUAUGCAAUUGUCCAAGAAAAUGCGUUUGUGCUACUGGAAUUAGUAAUGUAAAAACUCAACACGAUUUGCUUCGAAAAAUUCGUUUUCUUACUGGCUUGAAUGACAAUUUUGAUAUGGUUAGAUCACAGAUUUUACUCAUGGAUCCUUUACCCCCAAUUAAUAAAGUGUUUUCUUCGAUCCUUCAACAUGAGAGGCAAUUUGUUCCUCACAAUGCUGGUUUAGAUGUUGAAGAUUCCAAAGUUUUGGUAAAUGCUUCUGAUAAUAGAAGAUCCCAAGGCAGAGGAAAGGGUGGAUUCAAUGGUCAAUCUGGACCAUUCAAGAAGAAAUAUUGUACUUAUUGUGGUAAAGACAACCAUGUGAUUGAAAAUUGCUUCAAGAAGCAUGGAUUUCCCCCUAAUUUUGGAAGAAAUAAUGCUUCAGCAAAUCAUUUUGGUACAGAUGAUUCGAUGGACAAUGAUGAUAUUAAGAGUCUCAAAGCAAGUGAGCCAUUCACUUUUACAAAAUCUCAAUAUGAGCAUCUUGUGAAUUUACUUCAGUCACAUGAUGGUUCUUCUACUCAAGUAAAUGAUGCUUCCACUUCAAAUUCGGUUAAUACAUUUGGGCAUCCGAAGUCAGGUAUACCCAAUUUAGCUUAUUCAUGUCAUAAUUCCAUUCACACAACAUGGAUUAUUGAUUCAGGAGCUAGUGACCAUAUUUGCUCCACUUUAGCACUAUUUGAUGAUAUUGAUCAUCAUCAUGACAUUGUCCCGAUUCAAGUGAAAAUGCCAAAUGGCACUAUUGCAUUUGCCAAGAAAGCUGGUAGUGUAACUUUAGGACUCGAUUUUACCAUUGAUGAUGUCCUUCUGGUUCCAGACUUUUCACUUAAUUUGCUAUAUGUGUUGGAAAUCGUUUCAUAA